AUGCCGGGGAGCGUGCCGCUGGCUCUGGGCCUGGACACGGCGGGGCUGCAGGUGCCGUGGUACUUCCGGUGCCCCAUCUCCCUGGAGCUGAUGCGCGACCCCGUGACGGUGUCGACGGGGCAGACCUACGACCGCGCCAGCAUCGAGUCGUGGGUGGCCACCGGCAACACCACCUGCCCGGUCACUCGCGCGCCGCUGGCGGACUUCACACUCAUCCCCAACCACACCCUCCGCCGGCUCAUCCAGGAGUGGUGCGUGGCGCACCGGUCCAUGGGCGUGGAGCGCAUCCCGACGCCGAAGCAGCCCGCGGACCCGGACCUGGUGCGCUCCCUCGUCGCGCAGGGCCCGGGCCUCCCCGCGCUGCGGAGGCUCAGGGCGCUCGCCAGGGAGUCCGACAAGAACAGGCUCGUCAUGGCCACGCACGAGACCAGGGCCGCGCUGGUGGAGGCCGCCUUCGGCUCCGGGGCGGCUAGCAGCGAGGAGCUGGAGGCGGAGGCCAUGGCGGUGCUCGCGCUGGUGGGCCUCGGGGAGGCGGAGGCCGCGGAGGUGGUCGGGAGGGAGGAGAGGGUGGCCAGGCUCGGCAAGGUCCUCGGCGGCGGCGCCGGCGUCCCACUGGAGGCGACGGUGAACGCGGGCGCCGUGGCGGAGGCCGCGGCGUCGGCGUCGGGCGCGGAGGCCCGCGCCGUGCUGGGCGCCGCCGAGGGCGUCAUGGACGGCCUGGUGGCGCUGGUGGAGGAGAAGGCCAACGCCCGCGCCGUGCGCGUCGGGAUCCGGGCCCUGUUCGCGCUGUGCCUGGCCAAGGAGAACCGCCCGCGCGCCGUGGCGGCGGGCGCCGCGUCGGCGCUGGCGCGGCGCGUGGCGGAGGGCGGCGCCGGGGAGCCCGAGCGCGCGCUGGCGGCCGUGGAGCGCCUGUGCCGCGCCGAGGGCGGGCGCGACGCCGUGGUCGCGGGGGCCGGGGGCGGGGCCGCGGCCGUGGCGGCGCUGGUGCGCGCCAUGUCCGGGCGCGCGGCGGAGCACGCGGCGGGCGCGCUGGUGGCCGUGGUGGGCGGGUGCGAGGCGCUGCAGGUGGAGGCGGUCCGGGCGGGCGCCAUGAGCCAGCUGCUGAUGUUGGUGCAGGGCGGGUGCUCGGAGCGCGCCAAGCGCAAGGCGCAGCACCUGCUGAAGCUGCUCCGCUCCGCCUGGCCGAACACCGACUGCAUCGCCAACUCCGACGACUUCCUCCAACACUACUGA